AUGGGCUCCGUUGCGCCGAAACAGUUCGACAUCAAGUCGGUCGCGAUCAUUGGGGCUGGCCCUUGCGGCCUUUCAGCUGCCAAGUAUCUCAUUGCAGAAGGCAGCUUUGAAAACAUUGUCAUUUACGAACAGCAGCCUGAAGUGGGUGGUGUUUGGUUCUAUAGCAAGAAACCGUCCCAGACUCUUCACGUACCUCAAGUGAGCCCUCUAUGUCCGCCUGACCCUCCGAUCAGCUCAAAGGAUGGCGCAAACCCAAUAUUUCCCUCGCCUAUGUAUGACUUACUCCAUACGAACAUCCCGCAUGAUCUGAUGCGGUUUGGAGAUCUUGAAUUCCCCCAGAACUCCCUGAUAUUCCCUCCGCGGGAAGAGGUCCAGGAGUACCUGGUGAAGUACUCACAAGAUAUUCGCCAAUUUAUCAAGUUUUCGACCGAGGUAAAGCAUGUCGAAUUGCGACAAGAAUCUGGGAAAGAUGUGUGGGAUGUCACUGCAGAAUCUACUGUCACCAGAGAUGCGGAAAUCAGGACAUUUGAUGCAGUUGUAGUCGCUUCUGGACAUUAUGCCACGACGUUUAUCCCAAACGUCAAGAAUAUAAAAGCAUUCCACGAAGCAUAUCCGGGGGUCAUCACCCACUCUAAGCUAUAUCGAUCACCGGAGGAUUUUACGGGAAAGAAGGUGUUAAUUGUUGGCAACUCUGCUUCGGGUCUCGAUAUUGCCACACAGAUCAGCAGAUUUUCUCAGAGUCCACUACUUCUGUCUGUCCAUAGUCCUACGCCCGCGGACAAUCUGGCACAUGCCAGGGCAGAAGAGGUUCCCGCCAUCGAGGAAUUCUUGUUAGACGAAAGGGGCGUCAAAUUUGAAGGCGGGCGGGUCGAGAAGGAUAUCGAUGCGAUUAUAUAUGCCACGGGGUACCUGUUCGCAUUUCAAUUUCUUCCGAACCUAGAUCCGCCGUUGGUCACAGAUGGGCGUAGAGUCUAUGGCCUCUACAAACACUUUAUCCACAUAGAUCAUCCGACCAUCGUCUUUCCGGGCCUUCCAUAUAAGGUGGUGCCCUUCCCAUUCUCCGAAGGUCAGGCUGCGGUCUUCGCAAAGGUCUGGUCAAACUCGUUGGCCCUUCCGACCGCCGAGGCAAUGAAGAAGUGGGAGGAAGAAGAGGCAGAACGCAAACAGCCAGCCUUUCACGUUUUCCCCAAGGGUGGCGAUAGCGAAUACCUGAAAGAAAUGCACGCAUGGGCAAUGCAGGCGACGACAAAGGGAAAGGAGCCUCCUGUGUGGAACGACUAUCAAAUAUGGCAACGGGAGAUAUAUUUCGAAGCGAAGCUGAAGUUCGAAAUGGACGGCAGGCGUGCAAAGUCUCUAGAGGAGCUUGGCUUCCGCUUUGAGCCGCCUGAGGUGAUACACAACCCUAAAGAGAUCUUAUAG